GUAGUUUAUAUGGCUGUGGCGCUGUAUGGAUCAGUUUUAGCUUUCAGUGCUGUCACUGAUCUGCCACUGCAGACAUCAAUUGUAUCACUGGGAGUUGUUUGCACUUUAUAUUGUUUCCUGGGUGGUUUGAAGGCUGUUUUGUGGACUGACGUUUUUCAAGCUUGUCUUAUGUUUAUCUGCGUAUUGUCUAUUUUCAUAACUGGAAUUGAAGAAGGUGGAGGUCUAUCAAAAGUUUAUGAAACAGCAAGAGCAGGUCAUAGACUUGAUAACAUAUUCAAUCCUCGCCUGGAUUUUCUAGAACGAUUCAACUUUUGGAGUUGUAUUUUACGUGGAUUCAUUGCAGGAAUUGUUACUUAUGGAACGAAUCAACUUGAAGUGCAGAGAAUACUGAGUAUGAGCGAUGUUAAAAGAGCAAAAUCAGUACUUCGCCUGAGUUCAUUACCACAAAUUCUGUUGUUUGCAAUUUGCUUGCUUUGUGGAAUUGUAUUGUAUGGGAUUUACCAUGAUUGUGAUCCAGUAUUGAAUAAGAAAUACUCAGGACUGACGAAGCAUGAUCAAAUGAUACCUGCCUACAUUGUGAACAAAUUCAGCAAUAUCCCUGGCAUGACUGGACUCUGCAUAGCUGGAAUAUUCAGUGCUUCACUGAGCACAAUAUCUUCAGCGUUGAACUGUGCCUCUACUAUAACAGUUGUAGAUUUCAUAAAACCUAUUUUCAAAUCUGGACAAAUUUCCGACCUAAAAACUGUGUGGUUAGCAAAAGUUUUGUCUCUUAUGUAUGGCGUAAUUUGCAUCGGUCUCAGCUUCUGUUUCUUGGAUAUACAAAGUCUUAAACGUCUUUCGUUUGUUGUGAUUUCUGCAGGAGACGGUCCAAUUUUGGCUAUCUUUUUGGUUGGUGUUCUAACAAGAAAAGCCGGUGAUAAACUCAUAUCAUUUGCCUUUAUUUUCGGUAUUACAAUAAUUUCCUGGAUUUCCUUUGGUUCACUGUUUUCCAAAUAUCAUCAACCAUUUUUGCCUCUAAGUACCAGUGGUUGCACAUCGACUGAAAACGUAACAACUUCAUUUAACUCGUCAACGAUUAUGACUCCGACAACAAAUUCCAAGGAAAUAUUCAUCCUAUAUAAAAUUGCGCACAUGUGGUAUCCCACGUUUGGAUUUAUACUCACUUCAGUCGUUAUAUUUAUUUCUGUUUUAGCUACAGGAUGGAAGAAGAAUGUGAUUCCAGCUGAUUCAAAGUGUUUAAGUCCUAUUCUAUGGAAGAAAUCGAAGCCACAAAAUGCCUGAAAUAAAAGAAGGGAAUUGAAUUGAAGGGAAAUGAACAUCACGUCACAUUUUCUCGAACUAAUUAGGUUACAUCAUGCCGUAGAGGAUGAUAUACAAAUCAAACUUUUAUUAAACCUUUGUGUAUUAUUGUGUAACAAGAUACAUAAUUACAUAUCGAAGCAUUUUGAAGAAGAGAAAAGACCCCUGAAAUCGUAACAUUUAACAAAGUUAUUCUACAGUAUCAAUACAUUAUGUUGAACUAUAUCGUUCAACCACUAUAAACAGAGACACUGAGCCAAGAUUCUGUUAUAUUGAACUAUAUUUUCCUUUAAACGAGCAAGGAGAGAUAGAAAUCUCCCAUAUAUCAACGAUGUCUCAAAAAUGUUGAUGUUACUCAGUGUUAUGAUUUAACAAAAGAAAAAAUUUUUUAAACAUUGAUUAAUAAAUUACUUUUAUAUCGAAAAGCACUUCAACACACUUUAAAAUUGCAAUUUUGGAAUAAAAUAAAAUAUAUUUGAUUUUUU